AUGCAAGCUAUGACUAACAACAAAGUUGUUAUUAAUGAAACAGGAAAACCAAUAUCAUCUAAAACAAAAGUGUCUACAGUAACAGAUGAUGUUAAUACUGAAUCAUAUCAUACAUCAGAAGUUAUUCGAAUGAUGAAUCAACCAACAAGCGUUCGAUGUAUCAAUACACCCAAUGGUUCAACAGCUGGUGAUACAUCAACAUCAUCUGCUUUAAAUCUCGAUCGAGGACGAGGUGAACUUGAUAAUGAUAUUCGAAAGUUAUUGAGCAAUAUUCGUGAACGACGAGCACAACUUGUUCAUGAAAAUUCACAAGCAGCACCCUUCACAUUAACAUCAAUUAAUACUCCUGCUGCUAUUUCUUGA